UUGGAGAAUCUAUGGAUGAGGAUGAGUCAUAAUCCAAAAUUACAAACUCUGUGAAUUGUGAAGAGCAUUUUUCAUUUGGAGAAUCAUGCAUGAGUUCUGGGAUAUAAUUGAAACUUAAUGCAAAGUGCAUUUUUAAUUUGGAGAACCUAUGCAAUGCAUAAGUUCUGAAAUAUAACCCAAAGUUUAUGCAAGGUACAUUUUCCAUUUGGAGAAGCUAUGCCUGAGUUCCUGGAUGUUAUCCAAACUCUAUACAAAGUGUUUUUUUUUUUUUCAUUUUGGAGAGGGUAUUCAUGAGUUCUGGAAUGAAAUUCAGACUCUAUGUCAAGUGCAUUUUUUGUUUGGAGAAGCUAUCUGUUUGUUCUGGAAUAUAAUCCAAACUAAAUAGAUGCACAUUUUUCAUUUAGAGAAUCUAUGCAUGAGUUCUGGAAUAUAACCCAAACUCAAAGCAAAGUGCAUUUUCCAUUUGGAGAAGCUCGCUCCGUUUGCUGCUCCGUUUGUCAAAACUUGCUUAUCUUUCGAUUUCAGAAUUUACAUUGAUUUUGUUUGAAGAGUGCAAUUCUCUACAAAACACAUGAUCUUUGAAUGUUUUUUAAGAAUUCAUGUUCAUGCAUUUUAAUUCUUUUUCAAGCACCCCCUAUCUGCACACUGGUCUGGAAAUCUGGUUCACAGUUCACACGUUUUUUGCAUGAGGGCACAGGGAGAGAGUGGUAGUUGCAGGCUGCUUCCAAACUUCCACCUACCUCCACAGUGUUAGAGAUCCCUUCCCAUUUGCUGAGUAGGAAGCUUUCACUCUCUAGUAGUAGGUGUGUCCUUUACAUUUGCUAGUCUCCACUUUCCGAGCUCGAUCGAUCGAGCAUGGAAGCCACAACCUCCAGCUUGCUCGUGCGCCCCGUCGACACGCGGCUCUCCGCCGCCUCCCUCCCCAUCGUCGUCCGCGCCCGCCGGCGCGUGGCCGUCGUCACGGCGGCGGCGCCGGAGCGGAAGCCGGCCGCGGCGGCGAGCAGCAGCAACUACGUGGUGGUGCCGCUGGACGCGGCGCCGUCGGGGAUCACGCGGCCGCUGGUGGAAAUCCUGCGCGACCUCAACAAGCGCGUCCCCGACACCGUCGUCCGUUCCUCCCGCCGCCGCGCGUCGCCCUCCGAUCCGGUCAUCCCCUGGUAUCAUGCCAACAGGAUGCUAAGCUUUUAUGCUCCAGGCUGGUGUGGAGAGGUCCGUGAUGUUAUUUACACUGACAAUGGGAAAGUGACAGUGAUAUAUCGUGUCACAGUACGAGGAACAGAUGGAGAGGUAAGUUUAAAGGUUCAUAGGGAGGCAGCUGGAACAACAUCACUGAAUGAUGCACGAUUUGAUGAUCCCGUGGCUGCUGCAGAAGAGGCCGCAUUCUGCAAGGCCUGCGCAAGGUUUGGCUUUGGUCUGUAUCUUUACCACGAAGACGAGACUCCGUAGGGAAGUGGCGCAGCAUCCACUUCAUAAGUUCUGCGUUGGUUCUCGCCUGAUUUGGUUCAAAAGGCUGUGGUUGAUCCAUCUCUCUGUUUAUCAAGGUUUUCAGUCUGUAUCAGGAGUUGAAGUAUCAUUCAUACUGGAAUUCUCUUUAUCUUCUGAACCUCUUUUCUUGUAGAUACGAGUCAAUGAGGCCCCGUCUGCCACUUCUUUCCUUUUUGGCACUGUUAUAAAGAGCAAAUACACGAGUACUCCUACGGUUCUGGUUCCAUAAUUUUUGAUGUUUUGAACAACAACACGUGUUUAGACGUGAGGCAUGGUAAUAGUUUAAGACUAAUCUAUACAUUGUGUUCUAA